UCUCCAAGAAAAAUCAUCCAUUCGUACACAUUCAUAUUACUUUUCUAUUUCCGUCCCAUCAUCACCAUCCCUCUCCACAAAACCAAUCAAAACGAAUAUCAACAAUCACUAAAAGAAUUACAGACAAAAUCUUCUCUUUCUCAAAGACAAAGCCCCAUUGUCCAAUUGGCAAUUUCACUCAAAAAAUCGCAAUCCCACAUGGAUUUAGCAUCCGGAUCAGGGUCAAAUGACCCGGGACCAUCGCCGACUGGUGGUCCUGCGGAUGACUCCUCCGCUGUAAGGUCAACGGUCCAUACACCAGCGACAACACCGAGCAGAUACGAGUCUCAGAAACGACGCGACUGGAACACGUUCUUACAGUACCUGAGCAACCACAAACCGCCCUUAACACUGGCGAGGUGCAGUGGAGCUCACGUGAUCGAGUUUCUUAAGUACCUUGAUCAGUUCGGUAAAACGAAGGUGCACGUGACUGAUUGUCCGUACUUCGGCCAGCCAAACCCGCCGGCGCCAUGUGCUUGUCAGCUCAAGCAAGCUUGGGGGAGUCUAGACGCGCUGAUCGGCCGACUCCGAGCUGCCUACGAGGAGAACGGCGGGCGUCCGGAGUCGAACCCGUUUGGUGCGAGAGCUGUGAGGAUGUACUUGAGGGAAGUGAGAGAAAGUCAAGCCAAGGCUCGAGGUAUUCCUUACGAGAAGAAAAGAAAACGGCCUGGCGGUGGCACGGCCACGGCGGCAGCAAUGAAAGUGUCGGUGGCUGUUGAUGGAAGUGGCAGCGGUGGUGGUGGUGCUGGUGGUCAGGAUGAUGGUGGAGCUGCUGUUGCAGCCAUGUCUAGCCGUUCUCCGGCUACUUCCACACAUUAAAUUGAAUUAAACUGAAUUAAUGUUUAUAAUUAAAUGUAAUUAUUUACUUAUUUUUAAUAUUUAUUUUUACCGUAUUAUUAUUAUUA